AAUUAAUUCUGAAAAAUCAGGCACACAGCAUUCGGCUCAUGUUUUCUGUUCUGGAUUAGAAUUUUGUUUUCUCCCUUUGAACAGGUUUUCUGGCCCUGCAUCAGUUUUUUGUGUUGGAUUUGUUGCAGCGAUGCAUCACUUAAUUUCUUUACCGUUAAUCAUUAUAGGGCUGCAUGUGAGCAUAAUCCAUUCUGAUUCAGACAUUAACGGAAAAAACAGAUGGUGGCUGAAAGUGUACUAUGCAACGAACUGGGGGUCGUGGGGGUUUAAGGACAUCUGUCCAACUGGAAAAUACGCCGCAGGCUUCAGUCUAAAGGUGGAAAAACUUUCCCAUGGCUUUUGGGAUGAUAACACUGCACUCAAUGGGAUUCGUCUUCACUGCAUCGAUCCGUCCAAAGGCUUGUCAAAGUCAUAUGAGAACUACGACUCCGUUCAGUCAAAUGUAGGAAGCUGGGGGCAGUGGACAGGAAUCAAAUGGUGUCCUUCUGGAUUCUUGACAGCAUUUCAGCUGAGAGUCGAACCUUCCCAAGGAAUUGAAGACGACUCAGCUGCAAACAACAUCAGAUUCAGAUGCAGUGACGGGUCUGUGCUGGAGGGUGACGGUACAGCCUGGGGCCACUGGGGCUCCUGGAGCGAUACAUGUGGAGGAAAAUGGAUUUGUGGUAUAAUGACACAGGUAGAAGAUCCACAGGGAAUAGGAGACGACACGGCUCUCAAUGAUGUGUGGAUGAUAUGCUGCGAAUAAGCUGAUGCAAGCGCAGUCAAACACUAGGACUUACUCAGCAAAUGAGUUAGAGGACCACAGCGAGAAGAUCAGAUGGAUCUCAAUAAUCAAUCAAUUGCUAUGUUGAGCUAAGAAAAGUCUGGUUUGACAUAGCUUAUGUAAGCCAGUCGUUAUGAAGAAAAAAUCACGAUCAAGCCAAGCCAUGACAAAAAGCCAUCUAGCUUGUUAUUUUACUUUUGUGCCAAACAUAGCAUCUUUUAGUCACAUCUCUUCUCACAGCAUCAGAUGUUUGAUUGCAUUAGUGCAUGUGACAGACGCUUCGUUUUAAAGCAACAUGGUCUCAUAAAAAUAUGUACCUUUGGUACCUCAUGGACUGUUGAUAAAAGUUAAUGCUCUAUCAUGUUGGAAAUAUGCCCUACACCAAUCUAACACUAAACCUACCCGUGUUAACAAAUGCAAAAAAUGCAACUUGUAAUUUUAAGUUCCUUUUACGCAGAUCCGAACUGUUUUGUCGAACCGUAGUUACACACAGAGCUCCUCGUCUCUCAAAUACAUGAACUAUCGAACGACUAUCAAAACCCAUAGAUAUGAAGCUGGAUGUGUGUGAAGCUAUCGUUCAAAAGCAUCAGUUUUCAAAUAUCCCAGCAUAUUAAUAUUGUUAGGAAGUCAAAACAUGAUCUUCAAGUAAUUGAGCAAAAAUGAUGCUUUAUUAAAUGAAAAAGUCUGUAACUAAAGUAAUAAAAGGUGUCUGGGUUUUACUGCCUGUAGUGUUCAUUUCGUUUGGAAACUAGAGUGAUAUGUAGUUGGUACGUAUUCUCGUUAAAAGUGCACCAAGGUACGUUUAUAAAGUCUUAUUCAUGCUAUUCCUGGAAAUGAACAGUGAACUCCACAGAAACAAUAGCAAACUUAUAUCCUUUUAAUGCUAUAGUAUGAAAUUAACAUGAGUCACUUCAAAAAUAGCAGGGUAUUUUAUAAGAUAGCCUAUAAUGUAACGUACUGAAAUGUCCCAUGUAAUGACUUAUUCAGUGUUUCCAAAUAUGAAAAAAUAUGUAAACCUCAGUGCCAUGUAACAAAACAUUUACCUCAGAAUAACUACUCUGCGUUCCUUAAAUAUUUUAAGAUUUAUUCAGAUACAAUUCAGCACCUAAAAAAAAGACUGGCCUGUGAUUAAUGAAGAAAAAUAGACUGGAUGUGUGCAAGACAGCAGUUACAGGAUGCACUGAGGAGAAGGCCAAACUACACUCAAGAGUCAAGUAAUGUUAUAUCGGCCCAAUAAACAAGAAUAAACAACUCUUUGAGACUGUAUGGUGCUCAUGUUUGGAAAAAGAUAUUUAGUUGCCACUUCCCAGGGCAUCUACAAAAUGGACAUCUAAAUUGUUGAUAAACAUGAGACACAUGACGGUGUGACUGAAAAUGUAAAAAUGUUAAAAUGUUAAAAUUAUUAAUAAAAAAAAUAUUAUUCUGUGGCACCUAAAAAAAUUACUUUGCACCUAAUUAUGUUUUGAUAAUAAUAAUUAUAUAGUAAUAAUAAUGAUCUGAAACUGUGAUUUAUAUAAUGCAGGCUUAAAAAUAAAGGUUCUUUGAUGGCAUUAAUGUUACGAACAAACGAUUAAAUAUUAAUUUAAUACUUU